AAUCUCUUAUCACGAUUGUUGAAUAAUCGCUGUCCGUUCGAAUAGUGUUCGUCCGAAAUGCGUACGCCAUGGAGGUGAACCCGUUGAGCAUAAUUUUAGUCAAGUCGGACAGUAAGGGCGAUCGGUUACUUUUUCGCUACCCGUACACCCUACCACAGCAGUUUCAGACAUCCGUUACACCAGCUCGAAAAACGCCGUACUCCUUGAUCCACACUGGUGACGAUAUUCUACAGAAUGGACCGCCUUCCAACAUUUGUUUUGACCAAUUGUACGGCAUUUCGGACAAAGAUCUCGCAACCCUGUUCGCCGUCAAAUCGGAGCUAUGCAAUCAAAAGUUCGAGCUGAAGGUUAAUGACGUACGGUUCGUCUCCCAUCCGACGUUGCUUCGCAGCGAUCAAGGCUCGGACCAGAAGUCGUCCGAUAUUCAGAUCAAUGUUGUGUUCGCCCUACACGCUCAGGCCAGCUCUUCCGUCGUUAAAUGUUACUACGAGCUGAGCAAACGCAUCGGCAUUGCGCUAAUUUACGAAGAGCGCCGCGAUGGUUACUUUUCGCGUGAGAUCAAAACGAUGGUUGCUGUGAUGGAUGAAAAUAGUGCACUUCAAGAGCAGGAACAACCGACUAGUGCUACCGCGACUGGAGGUUCAGUCGGAACGGGCAGCGUGACGGGGCCGGCUGGAACGAGCGGACAAACGGUGGUAACGAAUGCUGCUGUUACAGCUGCCGGAAUUGCCGUCGGUGUGUUUGAUACGAUACUCAAAAACACCACGCUAGCGCAGUUUAUUAAAACGAUCUAUCACGAUCUGUGCACGACGGGCCUACUGAACGUGACCAUGAAUCAAACCGUAACGUUAAGCUUCUGUCUACCCCAGAAAGCACAUCAAUUUCACAAAAAAGGCAUGGCAGUAGAGCCGGAAACGAUUGAUCGGUGUUUGGAAUCACUCAAACCCUACCAUGGCAUGCUUCUGCUCGUUGAUCCUUCCGAGCUGUUCGAUUGUGUACCACCUUCCGGUGCAAACAUGUUGCUUCAGCUGAUCGAAGUUUACAAUCCACUGAAAAGCUUACAAAAUAUGGCCUCCGAUGCGGAGCUACUGAUCGAUUACGUCUACCAGAUUGUGGGCCAUCUUGUGUACUGGGCAAAGGCUACCAUUAUCUAUCCACUGUGUGAGACAAACGUGUACGUAAUAGCGCCCGACGCACAGCUGAACAUCCACUCGAACCUAUCGGAAAAGUUUGCCACAAAGUUUCCCGGCAUGUCAUUGUUUGAGGUUAUCAGUGAUUUCUCGCUACCCACUUCGAUCGGCCAUCUGACGACACCCUUGCAGCACCCAACAAGGCAAGGCCGGCUAGCCCAGAUGGUGCUGUGGAUGUUGCAGCACCAUCUGCUAAUGCAACUGCACACGUACGUACAGUUUGUGGCCAACUUGGAUGGAGUUGAGGAGGACGAGCUCUACGCAGGACGAUCCAGCGCAGCCGAUCGUGUACAUCCUAUCCACGUACUGUACGGAAGCUCGGCGCCUAGUGCAUCCUCCAGCCAACCGUUGGCCGUCCCAUCGUCCGGAAAUCGGAAGCAUUCGCUCAGCGAGGAUCGCUACUCGGACAGUCUGUCGGCACUGCUGACGACGGCCACUUCUGUUACCUCGAAUACGCGCCCAUCUUCCGCGAGCCAUCGAUCGAACAUUAGUCAUUCGAGCGUUGGCGGCGGCCUACAUACGGCUUCUAGCACCGAGAACGACGAAAGCAUCGCAUCGAACGAUGACGAUGAUAAGUUGAAGCGAUUGUUGGCGGCAUUUCCGGAACCCGAUCGAAAGGCGGUGGCACGCAUUCCGGCCGCCUCGAACCCGGAAGAUCUCGCGCUAAUGGUGCGACUCUGGAAGGCGGGUUACUUUAAGGGUGAGCAUCAUCUGGAGGAGAUCAUGUACUUUGAGAACUUGCGUCGCUCGCAACUGCUGCAGCUGGUGGAUAAAUUUCGCGAGGUGCUCAUUAUCUACGAAACGGAGGAUCCGGCUAUUGCUAGCCUCUAUUCCGAUCAUCCGGUGGAAUGAUCGCGGUUAGCGUAAUUGACUUAUAAAAGACUGUUGUUUGCUGAUUCGUUCAUAUAUUCGGGAACUUGGAAAGCAGAUAGAGAACACAUUCUUAACAAAAUUAAAGGUCUUUUUUUAAUGUA